UAUUAUUCCGAUCAAGGCCAUAUACUGUGAAAGUCGGCAACGGCCUAUAUUUAUAUUUAUUAUUAUUUCAUCUUGCUGACUGGUUAGCAAGGUAUUUGUUUGUACGCUAUAACAUCAGACUAAAGUUGGGCAGAUUCGUUGCCAAUUUGUGUCACAAGAUAAAGAAAAAUGGCGACAAUUCGCUCGAUUGCAAGACAUAUUAAGCCGGGCUGGAAAGUUGCAGGUGUUCAUUGUCAAAAAGCUGCAAUCAGAUGCGCAUCUCAUUUUACAUAUUUUCCUGACACGGUGUCUGAGGCUCAAGGAGAGACAACUCGGAUGAACCUGUUCCAAGCAGUUAACAACGCUCUGGACACAGCGCUCACCACAGACAGCACAGCAGUCGUCUUUGGAGAGGACGUCGGGUUUGGAGGUGUCUUCCGCUGCACCGUUGGACUCCAGGACAAGCACGGCGCAGACCGUGUGUUCAACACGCCGCUCUGUGAGCAAGGCAUCGCCGCCUUCGGCAUCGGCCUGGCCGCAGCCGGUGCCACGGCCAUCGCCGAGAUCCAGUUCGCUGACUACAUAUACCCGGCCUUCGACCAGAUCGUGAACGAGGGCUCCAAGUUCCGGUACCGCUCCGGUGGCCAAUUCAACUGCGGCAAGCUCACGCUGCGCGCGCCCUGCAUGGCCGUGGGCCACGGCGCGCUGUACCACUCGCAGUCGCCGGAGGCGUUCUUCGCGCACGUGCCCGGCAUCAAGGUGGUGAUCCCGCGCGGCCCGAUCAAGGCCAAGGGCCUGCUGCUGUCGUGCAUCCGCGACCCAAACCCGUGCGUCUUCUUCGAGCCCAAGGUGCUCUACCGCUCCGCCGUGGAGGAGGUGCCCGUCGCCGAGUACACGGAGCCGAUCGGCAAGGCCGACGUCCUCGUCGAGGGUGAUGACGUCACUCUGGUUGGCUGGGGGACCCAGGUGCACGUGCUGCGCGAGGUGGCUGACCUGGCGGCCGAGAGGCUGAGCGUCUCGUGCGAGGUCAUCGACCUCGUCUCCAUCCUGCCCUGGGACCGGGAGACAGUGAUGAAGUCUGUGAUGAAGACGGGCCGGUGUCUGGUGUCGCACGAGGCGCCGCUGACGGGCGGCUUCGGAGCCGAGCUGGCUGCCACUAUACAGUCGGAGUGCUUCCUGAACAUGGAGGCGCCCGUGCAGCGGGUCACCGGCCACGACACGCCCUUCCCGCUCGCCUACGAGCCGUUCUACAUGCCGACCAAGUGGCGCUGUUUGGAGGCCGUCAAAAAGCUGGUCAACUACUGACCGCCCGCCCGGCGGCGGCCGACACGGGUGCUGGGAGUGCUGGAGCGGGGCAGGGCUGCGGCCGCGUGGCGCUACUGAGCGGAAACGGGACGACGUGAAGGCCGGCUUCUUCGAGGUCGUGACAGCGUCGGCGCAGGAUGAUUGUGUUCUGUUGUGCAGGUCGUAGAGGGCCGGGAUGAAGUGUUUGCGCAGAGGGCCGUUCGCGGGCGGUUCGUAGAGGGCCGCACGUCGGUGCGGGACGGGCGGUCGUAUGGGAGUUGCCGCCGGUUCGGGUGCGGCGCGCAGCGCCCGGUGUUCGGUCCGGUGCGACGGUAGCGUUCCUGUCACUUGACCAGCUAGGCGUUGUCUACCUUCGUGGGUGACCGUCGCAGCCCAAGUCUGUGCGUGGUAGUAAUGAGUGACGUGUGGUUUAGAUGAUUAUUAUAUUUUCGCCGAGCUUUAUAGCGCGCCGCUUGGUUGCAAACGGGACUUCGCGAGAUCUGGUGGAAGGGUACUGUUUUCGGGGCUUAGGGGGCGUCGCCAGCAACGGUCAUUGAUGGUAGCAGCGAAGUGCAAUAUUAGUGUAUGGUAGACAUGUAAAGCGCGCAACAGGUCGUGUUGUGCGCUGCUUGCCAGGGUUUUGUACUGCCUGAGUCGUUAUCGCGACUGACGCCGUGUUGAUGGAGGCUGCUGCGAAGCUGCGGUCCGUCGGUGGUUACCGCGGGUAAUGUGCUCUGCAUGUCCACGCCGUCAAUGACAAACCAUCGCGUCGUUCGAAACUCGGAAGUUCGAUCCGACCGCAACCAAAUGAAUCUAAGAAUACAAGUGUGCAAGCCAGC